CAAAUACAGAGAGAGACAGAGACAACCACCUCAUACAGUGUUCUGUGGCGAUGGAGAUCCCCUCUACAGUCAAACAGCCAGACCAAGAGGAUCCCAAGAAGGAGAGGACAGACGGAGAGCCAGGUGAGAACAAGGAAGAAGACGAGAGACCACAGGUGAUGGAAAAUGGAACACAAGAUGAACGCAAGCAGUGGUUUCCUAACCCUAACAUGGUGUCUGACUGUAAGCAGAUGGCCAGGGAGUCCAGUGUUUCCUACACCCUGGGGAAGGAGUUUUUCCUUAUCGCUGGUCAUGAAAUCUGCAUUAGAGAGUCUCUGGACUCCUAUGGCGCCCUUGUCUGGCCAGGGGCGGUGGCUCUAAGUCAGUUCCUGGAGAAUAACCGGCAGCAGGUGAAUCUCCUGGAUAAAGCUGUACUGGAGAUUGGAGCAGGGACAGGCUUACUGUCUAUUGUGGCUAGUCUACUGGGUGCCUGGGUAACGGCCACCGACCUACCCGAAAUCCUUCCCAACCUGACCUUUAACCUCUCUUGGAACUCCAAGGGCCGCUGUCGCUACACGCCCCAGGUGACUGCCCUCACCUGGGGUCACGACCUUGAGAAAGACUUCCCCAGCACUUCCUGUCACUAUGACUAUGUGCUGGCAGCCGAUGUAGUGUAUCACCACAACUACCUGGAGGAGCUGCUGGCGACCAUGCACCACUUCUGCAAACCAGGAAGUGGCACCACGCUGAUGUGGGCCAAUAAGGUGAGGUUCCAGUCAGACCUGAAGUUCACAGAGAGAUUUAAGAGUUGUUUUGAUACAACACUGAUGACAGAGCAAAAGGAGGGGGACGUGAUGAUCUUCAAGGCCACGGCACGAGAGUGAAGAGAGGAGAGGGGAUAGAAUGGAGAUACCAGGGAGUAGAGGAGACUCAGAGGAAAAGUGUUGAGAAAGCGAAAUAAGAGAGAUUGUUCUCCACUGUGGAUGGAUGAAACAGGAGCUCACUACAGACUGCCUGGAGCCCAUUGUGUGGGUACAUUCUUAUUAGACUGAUAACAAAAGCAGAUUCUGGGUUUCAAGGACAUUGCUGUGAGCUACAUUAUAUUUACAACCCGUGUACUGCAAAAAACCCAGAAACCAAAAUGAAUCUAAACCAUGUGACUUUUCAAAAUGCAAUUUUAUCUACCAAUGUUUUUUCAUACAUUUGAUACAUUGACAAAUGUUUUGUAAAUAAAUUUGCUUUGCACUACAGUGUGAAAAAUGUGUUAAUUUCUCGCUACUUACGCAUAGUCUGCAUUGGCAUCAACACAGAUAUUCUGAAAGUUACUAUAUAUACAUAGACAUCUACUAGAGACAGUAUCACCUGCAUUUAUGACAAUGGUAAACAAACCCUU